AUGGGCAUUCGAAAGAAACUGCAAGCUGUUCUUGGAAAAGGCUUCAGAACCCCAAAAUUCAGAUUCAAAUUCAACCUCGCCAUUGCCCGGCUUAAGGUUCUCAAGAACCAGCGCCAAGCACGCUACUCCAUCUCAAGGUCUGACGUGGUCGAGUUGCUUAAACUUGGCAACCACGACAGUGCUCUUCUUAGGGUUGAGCUAGUGAUCAAGGAGCAGAAUAUGUUGGAUGUGUUUGCUAUUGUUGAAGGCUAUUGUCAUCUGUUGAUAGAGAGGGCCAACCUCGUAGAAAAAGAAAAAGUAUGUCCUGAUGAGUUGAAGGAAGCUGUAUCAAGCUUAAUUUAUGCGGCCACAAGGUGCGGGGAACUCCCAGAACUUCAAGAGAUACGAGCAAUUUUCACAGCGCAAUUUGGGAAAGAAUUUGCAGCUAAUGCUGCUGAAUUGCGCAAUGGAUGCAUAGUAAAUCCCAAGAUAGUACAUAAGUUGUCGACGAGGGUGCCAAGCUUGGAGGAAAAAAUGAAGUUGCUUAAGGAGAUUGGUUCAGAGUACAACAUUGAUAUACCAAUUGAAAAGCCUGCUUCAGUCCUUCCAGUGGUAAAUCUAGAAUCAGGUACAGAAUAUUUGCAAAAGCAAUACCCAAUGACCUCAUCAGGAGUCUCUAAUUCAGAAGAAAACAGGCCAAUGCGGCCUGAAGAUAUAGAAACGGUUGAAUUUUUUUCUGAUUCGGUGAAAUUGCGGAGAAGGUACACUGAUGUAGUUGAUGCAGCCCAAGCAGCUUAUGAGUCUGCAUCUUAUGCAGCAGCAGCUGCGAGAGCUGCUGUGGAACUAUCUCGGUCCGAAUCAACUGAUCGUGAUGGUCCUAGCAGUCCCAACGUCCAGGCAAGAAUUGAGCCUAAGAACUCUAAAAUGUUUAUUAGGGAGAAAGUGGUUGCCGGAUUUGCCGAUGCAAAAGUUGAACUGAUAUUCAAGAAAACCCACCCAAUACAAAACUACAGUUUCAGUUCUCGAAUUGAGAGAAAGACUGAACAGUACAAGAAUGGAACAGAAUUCAAGAUAUCGCUAUCUGGUUCAAGUUCUGAUUCAGCAGACGACGAUGAGGGAACUAAGAUGUCCGUUGGUGAUGAGGGCAGACUGGGGAAGGAGAUGGUUUUUGAUGGAAGUGAUGAUGAAACUGCACAUAUGAGUAGAACUCCGAGGUCAGAGACUUAUUUCAUGAAUACCAAUAUGAAGGAUGAUAUGAUAGAAGGUAGGAGCACAAAACCUUAUUGUUCAUCUCACAAGAAUUUUCUUUUAAGAUCUCAAACUGGAUUGACAAUGGAGUCCGAGACUGAAAAUUCUAAGAAGCACUUUGCUGAAGAAAUUAGGACUCAAGGUGCAGAGCAUUUGAAUGUCAACAAGACGCCAAUUUCUGUAAGGACUAGACGGACAUAUGGCCGGUAA